AUGACCUCUGGGUGCUCUGAUGGCAUCGGCAAGGUGUUCCGUGACAUGAAGGAGCACACAUCAUCAGCACCAGAGGGAGGGAGGAAGUGCAAGGAGGAGGUCCUCUGCCCGAGUGAGGACAAGAACGCCCCAUCCCGAGGAGGCCAGGGGGUCCUGGUGGUGGUGUGGGCCGGGCUGGAUGACCUCCCCACCACCUUUGUCAGGAUGCUGCCAGACAAGGACUGCCUCUCUGCCUCUGUGAUGCAACGUAGGAGACCAAGGAGAGUGAGAAGGAGCACCUGUGUUUACCUUCUGGCUCCUGAGUCUACACCCCUUAAGAGCAAAACCAUCUGUACUAGUUCCAAGGAUGCCAUCAAGUGGAAGCUGACAGGGAUCAGGCAGGAUUUAUAA